AAUCUAUAUUCUUUGUUUUGUGAAUUGUGGGUCUGUUACGUGUUGGUGGUACUAAUGUUACGAUUGAAUUGGAGGACUAGGAUGUCGUGUUUCAAUUUAGAAUAGCAGGCAAGUGAGAUCUGAUGAUCGUGCGAAUUGUUGCGAACGUUACGAAUACAUUCGUUCUGAGAGUUGUCAAAUGAAAGUGCAAUUGUACGUAAUUUGAUCUCAAUAUUAAACUAUUGAUGAACCAUGCCACUUCCUGCAGCUCUCGUAUCCAGAUUGGCGAAGCGAGGUUUAAUUCACGCUCAGCACCAUCCAACAGCCGUAGUAACCGCAGCUCCUGUGGUACCUGUUCCAACAAACACAGAAGAGGAGGAAGUGAUUGCUGAGGAUUAUGAUAACCAGAAGAAAGACACCAACAGUAACAAUGUCAAUGAUUCUGAGUAUGUGGACAAUUUCAUGGGAAACCUGGAAAAGAAGAUAAUGGGCUACUAUGGUUGUCCCAACAAAUAUAAUAUCUACCAUGAAUGCACAACUUUCUGUGAAGAAAGGUGGGGACAGGGUUGUGUUGAACCUGAUCCAAGUUAUGUGCGCAAGAAACAGAGAAUGCUGCUAAAGUACCCAUUACCAGAAAACUGGAUUGAAGUGUAUGAUCCUGGAACUGGUCGCUAUUAUUAUUGGCACACUGAGAGUGAUGCUGUGUCAUGGCUGUCUCCUCGACAUCCUCGUGCAGUUAUCUCCGAGUCAGCUGCACAUAUUCGUGAUGAAUUGCAAAUGGCUGCACUUGAUGCUGAGGAAGAGGACGAAGAUGAGGAAGAUGAUAAAGAGAGUGACAUGGAUGAUGAUGAUGGAGAGGCUAGUGAUGAAGAUGCAAGAGAGGAGAAACGGAGAGAGGAACAAGAAAGAAGACGAGAAGCAAGGGAACGACAAAGAGCAAAAGGACGCACAAAAGUUAGAGACAAUGACAUAGACCCAAUGGACCCAGCUGCCUAUUCUGACACACCUAGAGGGACCUGGUCUACUGGAUUGGGGAAAAAGAAUGAAGCAAAAACUGGCGCUGACACAACAGCAGCGGGACCUCUGUAUCAGAUGCGACCUUAUCCCAGUCCUGGAGCUGUACUUCGAGCAAACGCUAAGAGCAAAUCUCAUUCAGAAAAACCAAAGGUCAUGCGUCCAGAACUGCCACCAAAGUAAAUCAGUCUAAAGAAGAAAGCGGCAACUGCAGGAUGAAUGUGAAGCGAUGUGAUAUGACAAAACAUCAUGUUCUGCCACGGCUUAUGUCAACAUAAAACAUGUUUAUGUUCUGGAAUCACA